UCGGAGACGCUGUCCUUGGGCAUAUGUUGCAUGAACAGCAAGCUUACAGGAAAACCAAUGCAAGCAAUCCUGUCACGUCUCAGGAGCUGCGGAGAUUUUGAGUUGGUGGAGUUCGAGGAGGGGGAUAUCCUCCAGAAAUCUGUGGAGGAAUGGCAAGAUGUCAAGUGCUUGAUCGCCUUCGACUCCAAGGGCUUUCCUCUUCAAAAGUGCAUUGAGUACUGCAACCUCCGUCUCCCCACUUGCAUCAACAAUGUGGAAGCGCAGAUCAUCUUAGAGAGCAGGGUCGCAGUGUACAAUAUGCUGAAAGAUUGGUGUAUUCCUUGCCCAGACCACAUCAUCGUGGAACAUGACAAGGUGGCACCAAUGGGGCCGAACAUCCUGCAGGAAACAGACAACUUUAUUGUCUUUAAUGGCAAGAAAAUAGAGAAACCAUUUGUGGAGAAACCAGAAGAUGCGGACAGACACGAUAUUUAUAUUUAUUAUCCGCGAAACCUUGGGGGUGGUGCCAAAAAGCUCUUCCGAAAGGUGAAGGACAAGUCCAGUGAAUUCGACCCGAAGCAGAAUGCCAUCCGCAGAGACGGGACGUACAUUUACGAACCGUUCUUGACAACUUCCGGCACCGACAUAAAGGUGUAUACCUGUGGUGCCAGCUAUGUACAUGCAGAAGCCCGGAAAGCCCCGACCGUCGAUGGGAAAGUCAUCCGAUCAAAGGAUGGCAAAGAAGUGCGGUACCCCGUCGUCUUAUCCCACGGCGAAAAAAUGAUUGCAGCCUUCAUCGUGAAGGCUUUCCGCCAGAACGUCUGUGGUUUCGACAUUCUUAGAACCGCCAAUGGAUCCUUCGUCUGCGACGUAAAUGGAUGGUCCUUUGUGAAGGGCAACCAGAAAUACUACAACGACUGUGCGUCGUUGAUCAGACAGCACCUCUUGGUGGAGUGUGGCGUCAGAGGAAAGGAUGAGCCCGUGGAACUUCUGAAAGCUCCCAGCAACGAGGAACUGGACAAGGGCGUCGAAGUCUCGAACAGCUUUUGCUUCGAUUGCCACCACAUGCCAGAGUCGACGGACUGGCGCUUGCGUUCCGUGUUUGUUGUGAUGCGCCACGGUGAUCGGAGGCCGAAGGAGAAACAGAAGUUCAAGACUAGGCAGGCAGUUUUCUUGAAGUAUUUCAACAACCAGAGCGAUGCCACCGAGGUGAAGUUAAAAACUCCUGAGGAGUUGGAGAAGUUGAAAACUGCCUUGUUGCAGACAAUGAAAGAGAUCAUGUCUGAAAUUUCGGCCCUCAAAACGGACGUGAAGGACUCGAGACCCGGUUGCUGUGACGGAGCCUCGUUGUCAUGGCUCUACAAGUACUUUUUUCCAAAAGCGAAUGAGAAAGGAGGAGAAGAGGAGCCUCGGCUGAAUUUGAAAGAACUGGAGUCGGACUUCAACAACUUGGAGUUGAUGAUUCCUGUGCUGGCAAUGCAGGAGCGCUUCUCUGGGUUUGAGAGGAAGAUCCAAUUGAAGGCAACCAAGUGGAAGGGCAACAAGGUACGAGAAGUGCAGGUGGUGGUCAAGUGGGGUGGUGAACUGACUGUUGGCGGCUUGCAGCGCGCAGAAUCCUUGGGGCAGACUCUGCGAGAGCAGCUCUACUUCGAGGAUCCUGCAGGGCUUCUGCGGCUGCACUCCUCCUUUCGCCACGACUUCAAGAUAUACUCAUCGCAAGAGGGACGAUGUCUCAUCACGGCUGCAGCUUUUACCAAGGGCUUCUUAGAGCUUGAUGGUGACAUUAUCCCGAUCCUGGUGAGUCUGGUGCAUUCAGAAGGUUAUGGCCAGGCCGUCCUUGACGAACCGAUCCCAAAGAAGGUUCGGACGAGCGUGAAGGAACUGAUUGAAGACAUCCUGACAACAGACAAGGAUAUCUUGCAGCAGCUCACAGCCAGAGGGUCGCUCUCCAACAAUCCUGCGCUGCUGGGGUGCUUGCAGAAGAUUGGGAAUCCCCUAGCUCUACUGUACCGCAUCAAAGAGUUGGCAGAGGAGUACAUUCUCAGUAUCUCUGCGGCCAUGAAGAGAUGUGAGCAGUGCAAUUUUGAUCCCGACGAUGAAGCACACGAUGACGCUGUGCAUUUGUCAGACAUGAGUGGUUCUGUACCCGAUCCAAUGAUUCCUUUCGACCUGGAAGAGUCCUCCAAACGGAUGUAUCUCCACUUGCGUCGGAAAGAGAAUCGUUGGAAAAAAUUGUACAGUGGGUUUGUCCGAAAGGGCAAAAAAGACAAGAGCAUGUUUGACACCAGCAAGAUCCCGGAUAUCUGGGACAAUCUCUACUACGAUCUCAUCACCCACAGGAGUUAUUUGGGUGCUGAGUCGGUGAACAUUGCGGAGAAGAUGGUGUGCUUAGUGGAACCAUUGGCAGAAUGGGUGGCUGACUCUGAGUAUGGCAUCACAGAGGAAGAGAAGGUGAAGAUUGGGAUGGCCGUUUCUUGGCGACUCAUUGGCAAAUGCUUGCAGGAAUUGGAGCACUGCAACAUCCCGCCGACCCCGGAAGCCCCUGUCACUGACAAACCUGGCUUCGCGCGGCGGAUGCUCAGCAGGGUGAUCUCCAACUCAGGGUCCCGGGCAUCUGGCAUCCUGGAGGAGCCAGUGAGAAGUAUUUCUCCAACCACACCCAAGCAAGUGGAGUAUCGCGGGGAGAAUUCAGUGGGAGAUGCUGGAAAGGAGUGGCGAGAAAUGGCUGCCUCUUCGAUUGCCAGCUCCAAACCGAAUUCCCCGGCACCGGUGGACAUCGCACAGAUACCGGUGGACGAGGGGCUCCCAGUGAUCCCGGUGAAUUCGGAGAUAUCAGAGGCGGAAUUCGGUUCGAAGUCUCUGAAACGUCUGACACCAGAGAUGCGACGCAAUAUCACCCGCUCGCUCCGGGACGACUCGGAUUGGCAUCCUCAAGUGCAGCAGGAGGUCCAUAAGAUGGCCGGACUGGAACAGGACAUGGUGCGAUCAAGAAUUUUUGUGACCUCCGCUUCUACCAUGCACACUCUCAUGAGCGUCUUGAGAUUUGGUGAAGGGCGCCUGGCAGCGGAUGGCAACCGAGUGGUCGAUUUGAAUUACCUGUCCCACUUGGUCAUCCGAUGCUAUGAGCGGACGAAGCGGAGUGGAGGCUCAGACAAGGACAACUACCGCGUGGAGAUUCACUUCUCCCCGGGUGUCCAAUUUCUUGGUGACACCAGCGUCCCAGGGACCUACGUGGAAGAAAAUUGCACUGUUGCGCCGCUGGAACUGGUGGGUGAGCGAAAGCUCGCCGAAGUCGAAAAAUACCUCACCAACCUCAUCGCGUCGUUUACCGAUGGAGGUGAGGCCCACCAGGAAAACGGCACAGAUGAGUCGCAUUGACGUUGCACGGUCAACUCCGUUGCGACGACGAGUGGACGACUGCUGUGUCGUCACAAAUUUUCAAAGGUGGGCUAGCGGCUAAUUCUGAGUGUCGCUCUGCCAAGUGGUUUUCC